CAUCAACAGCGACAGACCAAGUGUGCAAGCUUAGCUACGGCCUAAACAGCAGAGAGGACGAGUGGCAAAUAGGAGGCAGAUUGCUCGAUCAAGGAGAUACCUAUCACGACUGUCGUCGCAUUCUCGGCGCUGUCGACUAUGCAUUAGAAGCAGUUGACAAGACGUUGGCAGAGUGGCUGUGAGCUUCAGACACCGAUAGCUGUCAGGAACCAUUCAACAUGGCAGUACGAUUUCUACGCUUCGUCUCAAUAUCAUCCCUCUUGCUGCUGUGCCUAUGGUUGUUUCUGCCGAGGCUCGUAAGCCAGGAGGACGCUGCAGGUGAUACGGUCAAGGUAUUGGACCAUGCGAUAGUUGAUGAAGCUGCUUCACAAUCGCUCGACACCAUCAUCAACUCCGCACAAUCGCGGCCGAAUCGCAGGCGAAAAUCACGCAGCACGCAACGAUCCGUAGCGAGGACGCGCAUGACCCUUGGCGAGAAGCUGCGAUUUGACUUUCCAUACGACGUUGAGGGCUUCUUCCCGGCCUUCAUCUGGCAGACUUGGAAGACAACGCCUACCGACAAAGACUUUGGAUUCCGGACACAAGAAGCCACAUGGACGGAGCAGCACCCGACGUAUGUGCAUGAAGUCAUCACAGAUGAAGUGGCCCGCCUGCUCAUCCAUCACUUAUUUGAAGCGACGCCCGAAGUAGUAGAAGCGUAUGAUGCCAUGCCUCAUGUCAUUCUAAAAGCAGACUUCUUCCGAUACCUGAUCUUGCUUGCUCGGGGCGGCAUUUACAGCGAUAUCGACACGGAUUGCUUAAAGCCAUGUUGGGACUGGGUGCCGGCACACUUUCCUUACGACACCUAUGGCCUUGUCGUAGGAAUUGAAGCAGAUCCUGAUCGCGAAGACUGGCACAAAUGGUACUCUCGCCGGAUACAAUUGGUGCAGUGGACGCUGAGAGCGAAACCAGGCCAUCCUGCGCUCGUUGAGGCGAUUGUCAGUAUUACAGACAAGAUACUGUCUUUGAAGCAACAAGGCUUGCUUGCUUCCUAUCCUCGAGACAGUGCCGUCGAACUGACUGGUCCUGCCAUGUGGACAGAUGCUGUGUUUCGCUACCUCAAUUCAGAGGAAAGUGGAGCAAAACAGGCCAACAGUAUGCAACUGGCAUUGGGCCAGGCAUUAGACUGGCGACAGAUGACGGGCAUGAAAGAGCAGCGACAGUUCGGGGAUGUGAUUGUGCUGCCCAUCACUGGCUUCUCACCUGGGCAAGGGCAUAUGGGCUCUGAACCCUUUGAUCAUCCCAUGGCGAUGGUCAAGCACGACUUUGAAGGGAGUUGGAAGCCUGAGGAUGAGCGCAUGAAGGAUAGAGAUGAGAAGGGUCGGCCAAUUCAAUGGGAUGACAAGGGCCAGAUCAUUCCAUACCCGGAAGAUGCUUGAAGGUUGUGGUCUACGUGAUGUAUCAUUAUGGCGGAGAACGUAUAUAUAAGGGGUAAAUAGUAGGAUUUUCGAUACCCCUGGAUCUGUGUCGAUGACUCGAUGCUCAAGAUGCACGGAUGGCCUCCGGUUUCGGCCGAAUCCGCUUGGCCGCGCACUUUCCCUGCUUUCCUAGCUGAGACUGCAUGAGCAUACGAUAUAGAUGACCGUUGUGAUA